AUGGAAGGGGAUGAACAGGACAUCAGAGAGAAGCUGCCAGGUGAAUGUCAACAAGGUAUGAAUUCGCACUUGCCAACUGACCCAUGUGAUGGCAAACCUGACAACACAGGUCCAGAGCUGGUGCUUAAAGUAAGAAUUCACAACUCCAAAGAGAAUGACUUCAUUGAGAUUGAACUGCACAGACAGGAGCUGAGUUAUCAGAGCCUAUUACAAGUGAGCUGUUGUGAGCUGGGGAUCCAUCCGGAGCAAGUGGAGAAGAUGAGGAAGCUGCCAAACACACUGCUCAGAAAGGACAAAGACAUUCAAAGACUCCAGGACUUUGAAGAGAUAGAAGUCUUGGUGAAGAGCAGAAACUCUGAAUGGACUCAGCACACAGCAUCACCUCUGACAGAGAGACCCUGCUACAAUAGUGAAGCUGCAAAAAUGACUUACUAG